AUGCUUGAAGAUAUCCAUAAUCGUAUGGCACAAUCGAUUGAUGCGAGUAUAAAACCCGUCACAACACAAAUUGAGACUGGGUUCAAGGCCAUCUCAGAUGUGCAGUCAGUUUCUACAGACCUCACUCUUCAAAAGGUUCAGGACUUCCGAAGAGACACAAUAGCGCAUAUGGAUUAUAUCGCAACAGAAGAGCGCGAGGCUGUCUUAAGGCUUGAAGAUGGUAUGAACAUCAUUCAAAGAAGCCAAAACGCGUACACAAAAGACCUUUAUGCCAAACUUGACGAGGUUUCAAUUGUCCAGUCCUCGUCAACCGACUUUGUGGUUAAAAAUAUUCAGCAAACAGGCCAGAACACUGCAGAUGCCAUACGACUACAGACUUUAGAAGGCCGCAUGCAGACUUCAAGUCUUCACAGAAAGGUUGAUCAAUUAAAUACAUCGAUGGGAGCGCUUAGAGACUCCUGGCAAGACCUUACCGGUGUUCAAGCAGAUGAUGGCGUUUCCAAGUCCAAUUCUGAUCUAGUGCAUGCUAUGCGAAAUAUAAUGGAGAGCAUUUGGUCACUGCUAUCAGGUAUACAGCUUCUCAUACGCGAUCUUGUGAUACUACUCGCUCCAUAUAUCGCUACCUUCUAUCGGAAUACUAUUCAGGGUCUCCUAUUAUAUGCAAACCAUUUUAUGUUUGAAGACGCCUUAAUACGAAUAAAACAACUUCCUUAUGCUCAGUUCCAACACUGGGAUAUAUUCUUCAGGUUCCUCACAAACAGCUUCAAAGACAGCCCUGGAUACGACUAUGUCCUCGAGGGCGGUUUUCUAGUGAUGAACCCAUUAUAA